AUGGCAGGGGUUCAAAACCCGUUGGAAGCACUUUGUGGCCAGGGGCAAGCUGAACCCCGAGCGGAAUUAAUCCCACUCUUCGGGUGUGGGGACACCUCGUGUGGUAGUGGAAGUGGCGAAAGAGAUGGAGGUGAAGAUGGUGGUGAAAGAGGUAGUGGUGGUGGAGAUUGCGGUUGUGGAGGUGGUGGAGAUGGAGAAGAAGGAGGUGAUGGUUGUGGUUGCGGUGGCGGAGGAGGAUGUGGUGGUGAUGGUUGUGGCGGUGGAGGUGGUGAAGGUGAAUGUGGUAGUGGUGGUGGUGGUGCAAAUGGCGGUUGUGGAGGUAGAGGUGGAGGUGGAGGAGGAGGUGGUGGUGGCGGAGGAAGAUGUGGUGGUGGAGGUGGCAGCGAUGGCGGUGGAGGUGGUCUCAUUUUAAAAAAUUAA